AUCACCAUUGCAGGUGAUGUCUGCCCCCAACUUGUUGCGGGUAGGAACAGCAGAAAACAUCUUUGUGGAGUGUCAAGACUGCACAGGAGCAGACAUUAGGGUUGAAAUCAUCGUGAUGAACCAUCCAACCAAAACCAAAAGGCUGGCAUCUACAUUUGUGAUGCUCACCAGCGCAAAUCACUUCCAGGAGCUUGGACAAAUUAAAAUCCCUGCUGGUGACUUCAGUAAGGAUCCCAACAUGAAGCAGUAUGUGUACCUGCAAGCUCAGUUCCCUGACCGACUGCUGGAGAAAGUCGUCUUAGUGUCCUUCCAGUCCGGGUACAUCUUCAUCCAGACUGACAAGACUCUCUACACCCCCAACAGCAAAGUUUAUUACAGGAUGUUUGCAGUGACGCCCCGUAUGGAGCCCAUAGAUGACACAAUCCAAAAUGCUGAUAUUGAGAUUGUGACUCCUGACGGCAUAAUUAUGCCACUUGAUUCAGUCUCUCUGCAACUAGGGCUCCACUCUGGAUAUUACAGUCUUGCUGAAAUUGUCAGUCCUGGACUGUGGAAGGUGGUGGCGAAGUUUCACAGCAACCCACAGCAGAGCUAUACUGCAGAGUUCGAGGUCAAAGAAUAUGUGCUUCCCAGUUUUGAGGUUAAACUGACACCUGCGAGCGCUUUCUUCUACGUGGACGCUGAAGAGCUCACCGUCAACAUCAAAGCUACGUAUUUGUUUGGUGAAGAGGUGGAUGGGACAGCCUACGUGGUAUUUGGGGUUAUGCAAGAGGGUCAAAAGAAGAGCUUUCAAAGUUCUCUUCAGAGAGUGCCGAUCGAGAGAGGUAACGGAGUGGCCACACUGAAGAGAGAGCACAUCACACAGACCUUCUCAGACAUCACAAAGCUGGUGGGGAGCUCCUUAUUUGUAGCUGUCAGUGUGCUGACGGAGAGCGGUGGUGAAAUGGUGGAGGCCGAGUUGAGAAAUAUCCAGAUUGUCUCAUCACCUUACACCAUCCACUUCAAGAGAACUCCCAAAUAUUUCAAACCAGGAAUGUCCUUUGAUGUUGCGGUUGAAGUUGUGAAUCCAGAUGAAUCUCCGGCACAAGGUGUUGAAGUGGUGGUCAAUCCAGGUCAAGUGCAGGGCUCCACCGCAGCCAAUGGCAUGGCGAGGCUUACCAUCAAUACAGAAGCAAGGAAUGACAGACUGAUAAUCACUGCAAAGACCAGUAAUCCUCGUAUUUCACCUGAAAGGCAAGCAACAGCCACCAUGACAGCUCUCCCAUAUACCACCAAAGGCAACAACUAUAUCCACAUAGGUGUGGAUACAGCUGAGCUUAAAUUAGGAGAAAACCUGAAAAUCAACCUCAACCUCAACAGGCAGGCAAAUCAAGACCAUGACAUCACAUACCUGAUCCUGAGCAGAGGUCAGCUGGUAAAAAGUGGCCGCUACAGGACAAGAGACCAAGUACUAGUUUCCCUGAUAGUUCCCAUUUCCAAAGAAAUGCUGCCAUCGUUACGCAUCAUAGCCUACUACCAUACAAAUGAUAAUGAAGUGGUAUCAGACUCUGUUUGGGUGGAUGUCAAGGACUCCUGCAUGGGCUCGUUGAAGUUAGAAACAGUCAGACCUGCUCCAUCCUAUGUGCCUCGCAGGAUGUUUGGUCUGAAGGUCACUGGAGAUCCAGGAGCCACAGUGGGACUGGUGGCAGUUGACAAAAGUGUCUACGUCCUAAAUAACAAGCACCGACUCACCCAGAAAAAGGUGUGGGACAUUGUAGAGAAGUACGAUACAGGCUGCACACCGGGUGGAGGGAAGGAUGGUAUGAGUGUGUUCUAUGAUGCUGGGCUGUUGUUUGAGUCCAGUGCUUCCUGGACUCCCUACAGACAAGAUUUGAAGUGUCCUGCCCUCAGCAGGAGGAAACGAGCCAUCUUGGAUGAGGAGGAUUACAGUUACAUGGACAGCAGUGAAAUUGUUUCUCGUACCAAAUUCCCUGAAAGUUGGCUGUGGUUAGAUAUCAGACUGCCUCCUUGCACUCAACAAAACCCUAACUGUGACACCACAUCUUCUGUGAAAACUGUUCCUUUGCAAGACUCAAUCACAACCUGGCAGAUCAUUGGCAUUAGUUUGUCAAGAACUCACGGUAUCUGUGUGGCCGAUCCAUUAGAGAUCAUUGUCCGGAAAGAAUUCUUCCUUGAUCUCAGAUUACCGUACUCUGCUGUCCGUGGAGAGCAGCUGGAAAUUAAAGCUAUCCUCCACAACUACAGCCCUGACCCUGCCACUGUGCGUAUGGAUCUGAUCGAGGAGGAGAAUGUGUGCAGUUUAGCCUCUGAACAUGGAAGGUAUCGUCAGGAGGUUAAUGUUGGACCCCAAACUACACGAUCUGUACCUUUCGUCAUUAUUCCCAUGAAGGCAGGAGUAUACCGCAUUGAGGUCAAAGCAGCUGUUAAAGACUCUGCACACGCUGAUGGAGUCAAGAAGAUGCUGCGGGUGGUGAGUCUGCCAGGCAGUGUAGACAAAGCAGUGGCCUACCUGGAGAGGCGUCUGCCCAGCCUCACAAACCUUUAUGCUGUUGCCAUGACGUCAUAUGCCCUGGCCUAUGAAAACAAACUGAACCAGGCGAUCCUCUUCAACUUUGCCUCUCCAGAUAUGUCCCACUGGCCUGUACCUAAGGGACAUGUUUACACACUGGAGGCCACAGCUUAUGCUCUUCUUGCUCUGGUGAAGGCCAAGGCCUUUGAAAAAGCCAAUUCUGUGGUCAAAUGGCUCAACCAACAACAGAAUGUGGACGGUGACUAUGGAUCAACUCAGGCUACUAUAAUGGUGUACCAGGCUCUAGCUGAGUACUGGACCAAUGCUAAGGAACAUGAAGUUAAUCUGGAUGUGUCCAUCUGGCUUCCAGGCAGGUCAAAACCUGAUAGGUACCACUUCAACAGGGAAAACUACUACAGCAUGAGAAUCUCUAAAUUCAACAGUAUAAACAAGAAUGUGAGUGUGUCUGCUACAGGAAAUGGAGAAGCAACGUUUACAAUGGUGUCGAUGUAUUACACUCUGCCUAAAGAAAAGGAGACUGACUGUCAGAAGUUUAACUUGUCUGUGCAGCUCCUCCCAGAAAGAGUGGAUGAGGAUGAGAAGAUAUACAAACUGAGAAUAGAGGUUUGGUACAAGGACAAGGAGCGUGAUGCAACCAUGUCAGUCUUGGAUAUUGGCUUGCUAACUGGCUUCACUGUUAACACAAAUGACCUGGACUUAAAGGAUAGUCCCGCUUCAACCUCUCAAAGUUGUACAGAUUGACACUCACUUUCACCUUUGACACGAGAGUGAGGCAGGGACCUCCGGCACAGCUUGUCCAAAGGACGUGCCCGCAGCAUUGUAAACUAUGAGAUGAACACCGUCCUGUCAGAAAGAGGCUCACUAAUCAUCUACCUGGACAA